CGUUACUGUACAACAGCACUGUCCAAUCAGAAGCUGAGAAAUGAGCAUAGGGUUCUGCCCACAGACAUCAGGCAGUAGUCUGGCCGAAACAACUGUCAUUUAGCGUGAGUGGACAUGAUGGGGCAAGUAGACCUGGAAAACACGAAUUAGACGUUUCAAGAAGUAUCUAAAAGAACUUUUAAAGUUAUGUGCGUUAUGGUUACACCUUGCGUCGGCAUGUUUUAAUAUCUUACGGGAAUUACAGCUAGUUUCGGAGGAUGUCAGCUCCCAGCAACUCACUUCAGCAGCCCAGGGUGAGGCGCAGCAAUGCGGGCUCCCCCGGCUCGUUCAACACCAGCGGCUGCCGUCUGCACCCCAUCCGUGCCACCGUGCCCUAUCAGCUCCUACGCGGAGGUCAGAGCAGUCCGACGAGGGCGCAGACUCUGUACGGAGGAGCCACGAGCAGCCGAGGCUCCAGCCCCCCCUCCAGCCCGACACUAAGUCCAGGAAGUGCAAACUCUAAGCAGAGACUGUCCCCCGAAAAUAAGGACUUCUCUUGUCCCCCAGACUCUCCAGUUUCCAGAGCUGAAAGGUCCAAGUUACAGAUUCGAAGUUCCAGUGCCAUCCGGCGGACGUCUUCCCUGGAUGCAAUCACAGGGCCGUACCUCACUGGCCAGUGGCCUCGGGAUUCUCACGGACCCUACCCUUCCUGUAUGAAAGACAAAGCCACACAGACUCCAGGCCUCUGGAUUGAUGAGUGUGCAGAACAGGGAAGUCCUCACCAGCGGUCAGCCUCAUGGGGCAGUGCAGACCACCUCAAAGAGCAGAUUGCCAAACUGAGACUGCAACUGCAGCGCAGCAAACAAGUCAGCCGGCAGAGCAAAGACAGAGAGCAGAGCUCACUGCAGUUACUGCAACAGGCGCCAAACGGCACCGCAUGCCACCCUCAGCACAAGGGAACACCAUCAGCACUGUCGACAAUCCCUGUGCCAAAAUCCCUCAUCUGCAGAGUGCCAAGCAGUGUGGAGGGCAUCAACCACGAGCUAGAAAAUGUGUUUAUCAGAGAGGACUGGGAGCAGGGCAUACAGACCAUGGAUGUUUUGGAUGGCCGGCGUGCCCCCUUCCCUCCUCAUCGCUACAGCGGGGAAACCCGUGAUACAGACACCCAGGCCCCCUCUAGUGGAGAGUCCACCCCCUCUCCCCACCCAUGCAGCCCGGACCACCUCUGUUCCCAUGAUGGAAGCCCCUGCUCUGCAGAGGAAAUAGAUAAAGACGGUGUGUGUAGUUCUCCUCUCCCAAAAUUUGCCACUUCUCCAAAACCGAAUAACAGCUACAUGUUUAAACGUGAACCUCCAGAGGGCUGUGAGAGAGUCAAAGUGUUUGAAGAGCUGGUGUCUCGCAAAUCAAAAGGCUUCCCUCUCUUCUCGUGCCCUGACAAAAACAAGGUGAACUUCAUUCCCCAGGGCUCGGCCUUCUGCCCCGUGAAACUCCUCUGCUCCUCCAUCUUCUCCCCGGUUCCCAUGUCUUCCUGCUCCUCUGCCACCCUCAGUCUCCACGGCAACAGCAGCCCAGGGCUUCAGCUGACACAGAGUCUGCCCACUGCACCACCACUACCCCCUUUGCCGGCCUCGGCCGACCAGAUCAUAAACACAGAAAACAGCACAGAGAGCCAGAGCCCCGAUGCAGAGGUCGGGAAAAGCGCCUCAGCACAAGAACUCUAUACCAGCUAGUCCUCAGGUAUUCACGACCACACCACUUAGAGAUACAGCCUUUCAACUAGUCAAGCGGGAUGGUCUAAGAACAAACAAAAAAGAGAAAAAAAUAUCCUUGCACUCCAUUAAUUUUAACGUUAGCCAGCAUGAGGUCCCCAAGGUCUGGAAAUGACGAACACCCUGCAGAAAAAAGGUACCAGCAUGAGCAUUACUGCGUAGUCAUCCUGCUCUUCACACUGUUGAUAAACUCUGAUGUUCAAUGAUAAAACUUGAUUGUGUGGGAACAUUUAGAGUUCAUGAAGGUGCAUUGUAUGAGGUACUUAUUCAUGGUCAGUCUAUUACCUGCUGUAGAACAGACAGCACUGCCCCAUUUUGGAAAAGCACCACUACUGCUGGUGGAAACAUUACAUAGCCAGACUUCUGGACUUGAAAUAACAGCCUGGACUGCAUUUUAGGCUAUAGAGGAGCAUGAUUAUUUUAAUACAGAGGAUAAGGGAUCAUUCAUAACAUGUGGAAACACAGGCACCAGGUGUGAGCAGCUGCACUUGGAGCUGGACACAGGAUUGGAUCAUCAAAAAAUGUUAAUGUCACAUUGUGCUCUGUAUUACACAGGAAAGUGUUGUUUGAUGACAAGAUAUUGUGAAUAUGCACUUAAACUAAUGCAGAUUUUUUAUGGUGGUUGCUACCCUCUCCACAUGUGCCAGCAGUCCUGUCUGCCUCUCCAAAAUGGUGCAGUAUUGAUGAGGAUUUACUGUAGAAAUCCCCCGAUUAUGUACAAGCAGCUCACACAUCCACACUUCAUGAACUCUCUGUAAUGAAUGUUGACCUUGGGCAUAUCCUCCCUUUACUCAUCACUAACCUUUCUGGACUAUGACAGCACCCGUAACAGAAACAGCUUGGCUUUCCUUUGCAGAAGAUAGAAAUGACUGCUCAGAUGAUAGCAUUAUGUAGUGCCAGCAGUUUUAUCCAGAUUAAAUUAUAAAGGAACAAAUCCAUAACUGAACAGUGCUAUCAGAGCAACACAUUCUACUCGUGUAAUCUAACCAUCAUAGUAGCUGUUGACUGUUGAGCGAGCUAACCUCUAUAAGCUUUACAACAGGAAGAAGUGCUUGCUUGAUAUUUUUACUUAUGGGGAUGUCUUACAGUGAGGAUACAACACCCACGCUAACCACAGCCUUUGCACUUGUUAAGACCUGGCUCUGUAGUCGAACAGGCCGGGGCCUAUUUUUUCAGCUAUUUUAUCUCACUGUUGAUGUGAAACCAGCAGUGGCCUGAGUGCAGACUCCACCUAACAGGCUCUCAAGUUAACAUGUGGGUCUGCAUCAAACUCAGCUCAUAGGGAAAUGCAAAAAAAAAAUCACCUGUUCUACUCAUUGACCAAAUAAGUGAUGGCAAAGAAAGCACACAGCUCCCCCAUUGCCUUGUUUUACUGUCCCACUCCCCUCAACAAUAACUCAGGUCAUGUGAAUGUACUCGCUCUUGGACAAUGUUGCCUUUCCCCAGUGUUUGACUUUCCUUUCCCCAUUCUAGGAAUACAUUCCGAAUGCUCACACAAACUUUUUUUUUUUUUCAGUUUUCUCCUGUAGAGGGAGGUUGUAAAAGACAGAAUCAAUCUAUAGGUCUCACAACUCGUGACAGACUACUUUUCACAUUGACCCAUUCUGGGUUAGAGUUUCAGGUGCUACGACGCAUUCCAGAGACCACAACGGUCAAUCCUUGUGUAAAUGGAAUUAGCUGCAUAAGCUCCGCCCUCCCAAAUUUGACACAAGUGUUAUGCAGUCUGUUUCACCCCUUUUGUGAAAUGUGUACCAAAGCUAAAUUGUAUAGACCAUAUUCGCAUGGCCAUUUUCCUCUGAUGUGUGAAGCACAAAUGCUGUCACUUAAGUCUUAUAAACAUUGGCAAAAGGCCAUCAUCAGCUGAUGAGAAACUGAAAAGACAAUGGAAACUGAUAAUCUGGGGAGACACUGGACAAAAUGCCACAAAGGUACACAAAACUGAUAAUCAUUUGUCUGAACAACUAACAUUAGCAUUGAGCAACAUCUUGGUUAAUGUUAGCAUUUGAUAUGAAAAGAAAGAUGUAAGUGAAUUGUAAAAUAUCUGUUUUGCUGUCUUUCUAUCCGCAUGAAGACCUGCUUGCAAGGCACUUCAGAGCUUGGUGGUCAGGAUCAGUGUAUCACAUUACACACUAAAGAACCGCCUGCACCAACAACUGUAACAUCAUGAACAUCCACAGAGCUCACAUUAAAGAAAAGACAAAGACGGCCAUUCAUCCACAUUUCUGCAUACAAAAGUAAAUGUUACACAAAAAAUAUUUCAAGACAAAAUGUUGCAACAAACGGUGCUGUUCAAAAAAGCGACGCUCACUGACUGCACUUCAUACUUCACUGCUUGAUAAUUUAAUUGUGUCCUGAGUGGGUUUUUUUGUCCUUUAUUCUUUUAUUCACAUUAUCAAUGAGAGCUACAUUCAGUGACAUGUUGUGCUAAAGUGAGCUGAGCUGAAUGAGCUGAACAUGACAUGCACUGGAAAUCUAGAUGCAUUCUGAUUGGCUGUUGGUGUUUCUGUCCAUCUGAAAGUGACCCUGACUACAUUGUUCUGUUGAUGUCAUUGUGGUGUGAACUCCAACAUCUAUUGAGUUGGAACGACUUUAAAGUUGUCUGACUCAAAAAGAUACUUCCUUUUACACUGCAAAGGUGAUCACAUCCAGUCUGUUUGUCUUCCAGCCUUAAAUAGCUGUUAAUCCUUUUCAUAUGACACAGCACUGCCAGAUGAUUAGGGUACUGAGGACGUGGAAGGAUGCUGAUGUGAACUUAUGUCACAUGUGUUUAUCAGUAGUCAAUGUUGAUCAAAUAUCCUGGUAUUCUUUGACAUACUGUCAUUAUCCAUUGUCUUCAGUUGCUUACCAGUUGGGAAUCAGGGACAUAUUGCCUAUGUUUUUGUCCAAUGUUAAUACAGUAAAAUAAUGAAUAUAAUAAUAAUGAACACGAUAUCAGAGGUAAAUGAUGUCCAUCUGAAUCUGGUCCAUUGGGACUCAGAUUGUUAAUGUGGGUUAGGUUUCAUUUAGAAACACUUUAUCAACACAUUGAGACACUGGUUCAUAGAUCAGGCCUAAGAUGUUAACUCAGAUAAUCACAUUUUUGUAAUUUUUUUAAAAAUUUAUUAGUAUUAUUUUUUUUAAUUUAAAACCAAUCUUUGAGUUAAAAUAAUCAGAACCUGAAGUGUGCAAUGAAUUUUUGUUUUAAGUACACUAACACUUAUUGUGUGACUGUUUGGGUCCAAACUGAUAAAAGUAACUGCCCAAACUUAACCUGCACAGUCAGUCUGCCAAGGACACAUGAAAAGGAAAAAUAUAAAAUAAGAGGCAGAACAGAAGAUGAGGAGAAUCAGGUGAAUGAAUUCCAAACACAGUAUGAACAAUACUUGAGACACAUUCCACAAUAUUAAGCUGAAAUCUUUUGUUCUGCUUGCAGCUCCAUGAGUUCAGAUCAUACUAAUUCCAAUUAUUCAUAUGCUCAUCGUGUGGUGCAGUUCAAAGAAAAGAUUGCCACGUUUGGCAACAAUGAUUUAGUUCUCCUGUGUAUUACGCAUUCUUACGUAGAUCAUGUGUGUUUUUUCAAUAAAGAAAAAAAAAGCCUC